CCAUAUUGGACUCCACCACCGCACAAUCCUCUCGCUCUCUCUCUCUCUCUCUAUCUCAGUUUUUCGCUCUCGCAACAAAGUCCACAAAGUCACCCCGUACUCGGCUCUAUCUGUCUCUGAAUCUGUUUGUAAUCCGAGUUCAAUUGUAUACGCCAUGGCCGCGUGCGUGUUGGACACGGCUCGAGCCCUGGCGUGCCGGGACGGUAAGGCGGCGGCGCACCUGAAGUUCAUCUCCAUCUGGGUAAUCUUCUUUACUAGCGUCUUAGGCAUAUCUUCGCCUGUGCUCCUCGCCCGCUUCUUCCAGGGAAAACCCCUCUACGACAAGGCCGUCUUCUUGAUCAAGUGCUUCGCCGCCGGAGUUAUCCUCUCCACAUCCCUCGUCCACGUACUCCCCGACGCCUUCACCGCCAUGUCUGACUGCCAGGUCGCCUCCCAUCACCCAUGGAAGGACUUCCCCUUCUCGGGCCUGGUCACCAUGGUAGGUGCGCUGCUCGCUCUUCUCGUUGACAUCACGGCCAGCUCGCACGUGGAGCAAAGCCACAGCCAUGCGGAUCACUACUCGCCGGUGCCGGCUCUGACGCAGGAGGAGCUUAUGGAGAGAAAAAAAUCGGGGGAAUCGAGGUGCGAGUCGGGAACGAGCGAGGAGGAGCGGGUGGCGGCAGAGCUGGUGAGGCAGAAGCAGAGGCUGGUGUCGCAGGUGCUGGAGAUAGGGAUAAUAUUCCACUCGGUGAUAAUCGGAGUGACGAUGGGGAUGUCUCAGAACAAGUGCACCAUCAGGCCUCUGGUGGCUGCUCUUGCUUUCCACCAGAUCUUUGAAGGCAUGGGUCUCGGAGGCUGCAUUGCUCAGGCGGGUUUUGGGUUUGGAACGACGGCAUACAUGUGCUUCAUGUUCUCAGUGACAACGCCGAUGGGGAUAGUGAUGGGAAUGAUUGUAUUCUCGGUGACAGGUUAUGAUGACAGUAGCACAAAUGCCUUGAUAAUGGAGGGAUUGUUGGGGUCAUUCUCUUCAGGAAUACUAAUAUACAUGGCUCUCGUGGAUCUCAUUGCCGUAGAUUUCUUCCACAACAAGAUGAUGAGUUCCAUUCCAUGGUUGAAAAAGGCUUCCUACAUUGCCUUAACCCUCGGCUCUACUGCAAUGUCUAUCCUUGCCCUUUGGGCUUAAACCCUUUAAUCGAGGGUUUUGGUUGUUCAUUUUAGGAAUAAACGUUGAAAAUUUCUGCUGGGUUGGUUCCAUUACAUGAAAUGUACAUCUUAAUCAAAAUUGGGGGAAGCAUGUUUGUGAGGGAAAAAUGUUUUAGUUAUAAAGAGAUUACGUAAAAAUAAAUCUAUAAAUAGACCUUAUUUGA